AUGGGAGCAGGCUAUUUCGCCGCUCAAGGUCCUCUCGAUACCAGUAUGAUCCUCAGAGUAGCUUCCGAGCUCUUUAAUGGCCAAACUCGCGUCCACGCUACAGGUGACGACCCAGCUGCGCACCCUGGCAGCUACGGAGGGCGCACACAGACCCAAAAGGGAAGCAAUCCAAAACGUCGACCAAGCGUUUUCGAACCUUUUGCGAGUCGUCAAGACUGGAAGGACGGCCAGGCAUCAGCGGAGGAAGCGCAAAAGUAUGUCAAGCAAGUCGUCGACAAUGCACAAAAGGUCUACAAGGACGGCUCGACAUUCCUCGACCUCAUCUUUGGUCGCUCUUCAACCGGGUCGGAUGGAAAGGACAAGAGCGACUCUGAUGGUCGAAAGACGCGGUCCCAAACGAGGGAACCGCGACGCGCUAGAGCGUAA